AGCUGCAUGGGGUGGCCAACUAAAAGCAGCUCCGCAUACUAGGUUUUGAGCCCUUUUUGCUCCAAGGAUAUCGCACUGUUCUUUCCUUGGAUCACGAUUUGCUUGUCUUAACAUACGAUAGCCUUGAACAACCCUGGUCUUGCUAGCGCAUGCGAAUGUGUUCGGAUCCGCGAGCCGCCCGCUGCAGCAAGGAGCUGGUAAUCAAUGUCGGCGUCAUAUCACGAGUGUAUCAGGCUGCGGAGAUCUUCCGUUGUCUGAUAGAGCAUUGUCGCUGAAUGCCGUCUGGCCACCGAGGUGUCCGCGUAUAUAUCUCAAUGUUCGCGAUUUCACCCGCACACCAGCUUAUAAACCAGCGCUCUGCGGCAGCUUUGGCCUAUCUAUGUCUCUGUCUGGCAGUCGUACAUAGCCUGUGUUGUACUGCCACUGCCAAAGAAGAGCCACCGCCUCAGGCCUCAAAAUAUAUACCCAGUGACUCGCAAGCUGCUCUCUCUUUUCCUGGUGACUCGUACCCUCCGCCGCUACCGAGGGUCUAUCGGUCUACCCUUGCUCUGCUGCUACGACAGCAGCCCCAAGUACCACUUGAUCAGUGCAUGUUUAUUGUCAACCGAGGCAACCCUGCCGGCUACGCCGGUAGGCGGCUUAAUGAGAACCCAGGUUAUGGACUCAGUAGCCGAACUAUCGUAACAAUGGUUCUCGUUUUCGUACUGUUCUUAGCAGUCGUCAUAUCAUUUGCCAUUAUCGGUACUAGGCAUACGUCACAGCGCUCCUCGCGUGUACCCCGACGCCUAUCGCCUACCUCGCGUAUGAACCUGCCUUCACACGCCCCUAGGAAUGCCACCAUGCAACAGACUGAGCAUCAACAGACUCUCAUCGCCUGGUUGGUGACUUUGGCUGCCACUGCCACCACCCACCAACCACGCCUGCGCGAUACUGAGGGAGGCACGUUGGACAUGGAAACGGCAUCUCAUAUUUCGCGCGGACUCUCGGUCGAGUCCGAUGCCACCGCCGUCGAGGAUCCUGGUCCCGAGGCUUUCGGGCCUUCGACCGUGAGAGUGCCCGCCCAGGCGCACUUGCCAUAGCACAUCCCAUGACAGUUGCAACGGAACUUUACGAGCAUUUACGUGAAGCAUCGUUCUGUGCACCAUGAUGACUAUGUUCCUUCGCAUGACAAGAGUUUG